AGAGUAUAUAUGCAUUAGUACCAUAUACAACUCUAGGUUAAAGGUUCGUAUAACGCUAGCAGCGGCGUGAGCCGCUUCGUUCCCUUGUACGCCACAACCGCCGGGAACCUACCACACCCGAGGUGCGACCGUGCGCCGCCUCUCGCUACCUCGACGAUCUUUCUUGCGAUGGGGUCACUGUCGGGGGCGCGUAAUAUGCGCACCUAGGCAGUAGUGCAGAGGUUCCAUCUUUACUCAGAUCACACUGGUACGACAGGUGUUGCGACUCCCGAAUUUCAUUUCGCGACGCGAUCGAAGGAACGGUCAUGGAACGGUCCUUAUUAAUAUGGAUAAUGUAACGCGUCAUGGUAGUUGCGUAGUUACCAUGACGGUUAAAAGCGGUUGGGACGUCCUUGUGGCUACCAACGAUAAUAUUUGUUUGCGGUAACUUUGGACUCUGUAGUUUCAUUUUAGAUAAAAAUAAAUAGGGAAGACUUGGAGACGCUGAGGAGUCCCAGGACGUAAAAAGAUCAGAGCGCGGUGCACGUCAAUGUGCGAGGGGAGCGCGAUGCGAGGACUGAUAGGUGCUGCACCAUCCCACCUCGACUCGCAACUGCAGUGAAAUCGAAGUUGUUGGUUUGUAUAGGUGUUCUGUGGUUGUUCUGUGCCACAACACCGCAAGGGGACCGUUGCGUUCGUUCGGUGUCGGAGAACUACGCUAGUUUUCGUCCUCGUGCGAUUGGCUUGACAGCGCCGCAAAAAUGAAAAUGCCGUGACCCGCUCGGAAAUUUGCCGACACCUGCGCUUGUGCAUCACAGUCGCAAUGCAGAACGAGCUGCCGGAUCUGAGGCAACGUGUUGCGCCGAUGAACUCCAAGGAUGAGCACCCUACGGGCCUAUUCCAACCCUUCAGGAAGCCCGCUCUCGGCUUGGUUGGCACCCUCCUGACUGAAUUACAGCCUGUCAUGAAGGAACCUUCAGCAAAGAAGGUCGUGUGGCUGAUGCUAGGAAACAUUAUGUGUAGCUCCGUUCUGUCGUACUGGAGCCGGUCUUCUGGCAGUUUAGCGCUUGGUGCUUUUACCCAGCUGACACUCUUUGACCUGCUCUGUUUAGGGAAUUGCUUGCUGGGCAUGUGGGUGUCUCAGCAAAAGCCGGGACCAACCUACAGCUUUGGGUACAGAAGAUGGGAAGUCUUAGCCAUCUUGGCCAGCACAAUAUUGUCGCAACUUGGCUCGUUUUUAGUGCUGAAGGAAAGCUUGGAGAGGCUGCUGGAGCCAGUUGCUGUUCACAGUGGUCGUCUGCUCCCAGGUGUGGUGCUGGGUCUUUGCUGGCACUUGCUGGUACACCUGAGCGUACAGCAGCCAUCACUGGCCAGUGUCCUGCAGGCGUCCAGUUCCAGUUGGCUCCAGGAGCAUCUGACCGACAUUAGUCACAGCGUGUGCAGUGUGGUACCGGGGCUCUCUGGACUGUUACUGCCCCGCCUGAAUCCCAUCCUUCUCCUGGGGUGGGCUGAGGCAUGUCUUCUCCUGCUCUGCCAUACGCUGCUGCUUUCCUAUGGCUGGCCGCAUGCUGACACUGUGACGGCCGUUCUUCUUGCCAUCAUGUGCUGCGCUACAAUGCUACCCGUGAGCAUCCACUGUGCCUGUGUUCUGCUUCAGACAACUCCACGGCACCUGUUAGGCCAGCUGGAUAAAUGUCUUCGGGAGGCGUCUACGUUGGAUGGUGUGCUGGAAUUUCGACACGAGCUGUUCUGGACACUUGCCUUUGGCACACUGGCUGGCUCGGUUCAUGUUCGUGUCCGGAGGGAUGCUAAUGAGCAGCUGGUCUUGGCGCACAUUGUGGAUCGCCUCUCAGGCCUGGUGCCAGACCUGACUGUCCAGGUGUUCAAGGAUGAAUGGGCAUGGAGCCGAGCAGCUCCUUUCCAUCCGUCACGAGACCAAACAGCUGGGCUUGAGAGACGGGAAUCACUUGGUAGUCAGUCUGCCCUGCAUGUGGCUGCUGCGCCAGUGAAAACGUGAUUUUAGUGCCGUUAGGUGCGGAAAACGCGAUGCAAGGUGGAGUUUCUCUGUGGGGGAAGUGAGAGAACUGCAACUGUCAGUGCAAUUUCUGUGAUAUUAAGCUACCGUCCGCAUAUAUUAAAACUUGAAUUGCAGAAAGAAAAACAUUGGAGCACCUGUUAAGCAUAAUGGUCAUCGGAAUGUGACAUUCAGGGUCUCUGUAGCCAGUUUCUAAGCAAAGUGCGUUUCUGAAUGCACGUUUUGGAGCCUGCAUGGCAUCGCUGUAUAUCGAGCCUCAAUAUAAAAAGCAUAAAUAUAAUGAAUUAUUGGAUAUAAUGAAGCAAUUAAUGUAAAAUGUUUAUUGCCAUUAUCAGCGUGUAACAUAUAUGUGCUUAUAAUGAGUACUAUAGUAUUUGCUCGCAUAAUGAUUGCACUUUCUUUUUUUAAAAAUAUUUAUGCAAAUUUAGGGGUGCGAUCAUUACACGGGGUAAAUUUUCUACUAAAAUAAUUUUGAGCACUGAAAAUGCAAACAAGUCUGCGGGUCAGAAUUCUUAUGAUAGCUAUGAUGAACAUAACCAAAAAUAAAAGCUGGGUAAGGCUUACCUUUGUAAUAAGUGCACACAUUAUGUAGGCACUACAUGGAAUUGUACAUUGCCCUUCUAUUUUUAUCAUUCAAUAAUUGCCCCUCACUUUAUUGCGAGUCUGAACCUAAACUGUCAUCAACGCUAGAUGCCUUCCGGCAGCACGAUUGCCAUGCUCCAGUGCAUAGUCAACAGCCUUAAGCUUAAACGCGGCCAUAAAACUCGCAUACCACCCCAUGGGGAAAUGGCACCGAAACAAACAACCACAGAGCACACCACCGCCUUGCAAAAUGCAAAAAUGUGGUGUCCAUGGGAACGCGUCAGAACGCACUUGCUGCGGGAUGACAACAGGUCAACCAACAGGUGGUUGCCGCUGUAACAGUGUGGGACAUCAGAACAAAAAUGGUGCCUGAUGUAGCAAGCCAAACGCAUUUUUUUUUCCUUGUGAGUACAUUACGCAUAUUGAAACAGUUUCCUCCGUAUCAAUAAUGAAGAAUGUUGUUAAUAUCAGCAGAUACACAGCAAUAACAUAGCCAUGUCCACUUUGAGGGGACAGGAUCAGAAAUGGGUGCGCUCAGCUGCCACUGACAAACACAUGGCGGACAUGCUGCAAGAACUGUGGUAUUCGUCUUCACUACAAUCCUAAUACGGCAUGCUUCCGCUAAGAGUGAGUGACUAUCUCAGCUGUGUUAUAAGCGCCGGCAUAUGAAUAGGGUACACUUCUGCCACAUCGGUGUAAAUGUGGCUACUGUCCCUGCCAUUCGCAGUUUGUUGUGUGCUCUAGAAUGCAGAUGAGAGGAAUCGAAAGGCACCUUCUUUUUUUUUUUAUUGUUGUUGACCACAACCAAUAUAAAGCCAACAAAUAAUAAGGCCAAGGCAAGUUUGGUUGUAGAUUUAUUUUUCACGAAGUGCAAGAAGUGAUGGAGGGAAUGACAUGGGGUAUCUCCUUAAGAAUCUGUAUGGUGGUGCGUGCAGUCCGCUUGAUAAAUCUUGAAGAGUCGUUUGCAUAGCAUUCAACAGAUGGUAAGCACGAUCGCCAUCAGCUAGACUUGGAACAUGCUGUGUCACUGCGGCAGGUUCGCGGUGUGAUCAUUAUGUGGGAAAGUACAAAAAAAAAUCAAAUUUUGACAACAAAAUUCAGGGCUGCGUUCAUUACGCCAGUGAACGACAUUGGGUAUUGGGUAUAACAAAGCUUUUUUCGUGUGAGGUGUAACUUCUUUACAGUGAGAUAUGACUGUAAUGCAAAUGCCGGCGAACCUGGAAAUGUAAGGACGCGUUCCAGUCAUUUCAAUUUUUUUUAUUCACACAGAUUGUCACAUGGCAUAUUAUAGUUAAAUGUGUGUAGGCCUUCCCUCUAAAGAAGCUGCCUAAGCGUCUGGACUUAGGCUGACAGUACAUGUUUUGCAACGGAGACCUGCAAGGUUCUGCCAUUUUUUUCGUGCCAAUCUUGUGUUGAACACAGUGGCCCCGUCCAGUUGGGGACAGCAGUGUAACAGCUUCAGUUCUGUUUUGAGCCUGUGCCAUACAUUACAUUACUGAAGUGUGUAUUCUUUGGCCUUGUGCAAGAAUGUUCUUGUGCUUGUUGUCCUUUCAAAUGAUUGAGAAGACUCUUAAUGUUGCAGAGCCCCAGUUUCUGUUAUCACUGCAGAUGUUACAGUAUUAAAUGCAUUUUUUUUUUUUUACUGGA